AUGUGUUGCUCUGGCGGUGUUGGUCUUGCUGCUUCUGCUGAAUUUUAUAGUGAAACAAAUUCGAGACUAUUAGAAAAACUACAAUCUGAUAUACAAACAAUUGCAGUUGACGAAAUUAUUACUAUUGAUCAAAUAAUUUCUACCAAAUGGACCAUAGAAAAGCUUGAUAAUAGAGCGUCAAGCAAAAUAUUUAGAUUGACUAUAGUAUUUCGUCUUCAACAGCAAAGAGCUGCAUUAACAACAGUACCUUUUGUACACGAAUCAAUUGAUGGAAGAUCAAUUCGGUUGUAUCCACCUGCUGAAACUUCAACUGCUUUUGUUGUUUUACCAGAUCUUGAACAAGUCACAACACCAUUAGAUAAUGAACAAUACUCUCAAUAUGUAAUUACUCCAGCUACCCCUCCACCACCAUCCUAUUAUAAAGUCAUUAAUUCAUUUUCACAAGGAAUCUUUAGUGAUUGUCCAAAAUGUAAUAAUCAAAAAUGUGUAUUUAAUGCAAAUUAUUGUACACAAUGUGGAUAUUCAUUAUUAACUGUGACAGAUUCACCGUUCACACACUUAUCGCUGUGA